AUGGAGAUAAAGCCAUUGCAGCUUGAUCCCGGUCGUGUGGACGACCAGCAUGACAGGUUUCCAAAUGCCGUUUUUAGCGCAUCACCGAACUUUGAAGGUGCGAAGGACUUGACGGUACUUUACCGAUGAGGGCUUGGACCUCAUGAUCGGUCUGCUCUCCCACUCACGUGUCUGUGACCUGCCUGAGUCGAGCCGACUAGGGAUAGGCUUGGGCGCAGUGGGCGAUCUGGCAUAAAUCCACCAUCUAGUUCGUGCCACAUACAGGGGUCACCCACACAAUGGCCACUCUAGGGAAUCGUUGCAGCCUACACCUCCGAAGGGGAUUGAGUUAGUCCGUCCGCCAACAACCGUCCGAAGCACGACCUAGCGCGCCGUGGCGACGUCAGACGCGUCAUAGCUAAUGCUGCAGUAACUGUCAUUUGGACGAACCACCUGGUGCCAGUCGAUCCAUUUCUCACAGCAUAUUUCCCUGACUGAUGGUGGAACUGCGCACAUUAGUUAGUGCCGCGAGCUUCCACCUAACGUUUGGUGUGGUCGCGUAUGCCAGUAGGUAAGAUCCCGGCGCGAUGUAACUAGAGCAUGCCGACACUCAAUGCAGUUCCCAUUCUGGUACAGCGUAUCAGCUGCGGAUCCUUUUUGGUGGAAGGAUCCUUUAUAAAUCCCAGGACUGCUAUCGGGAAUCAUGCCGCAUGAAGAUCUAUCCGUCAAUCAGUUUAUGGGCACAAGGGGUAGUUCUAGCUUUCUCAAACCGGUGGUCACUUUUGGAAGUUGCAGAUCGAUUCCGAAACGACAUUAGUAGAGUUGUGAGGUAUAACGACACAAAGCAUUUAUUAACCAAACCUGGACAAAUAGUAGUAGCGUAAAUGACCUGCCACUGCACCGAGUUUCUCAAUCUUUUUUCAGCUGUUGCUGGUCUGUCAGAUAACUUAAGUGGCCGGAGAGACCACUUUUUCGGUCUUCAAAAUUGUUGCCUGGCCUCGGUUUGUUUCCCAUGUUUCGAUUCCUAGACGAUUUCGACGACGCUUAAUCAUUUUCAGCAAAGGAGCACAGAAAUGCAGGUGACCAUUUCUAACUAUAUAUCUUUUUUCCAGUUUAGUUUAUUUAGGGGGAAUGUAGGUAUGCAUGUCUGAACUGCGUAUUUGUUGCAGUCAGUGGAGAUAUAACAAAAGACACGUACACUAACGAUGUCACAACUUUACGGAGAGAAGAAGGAUCCCGAGCUAUUAUUAGUACCGACACGUAUGUUCACACUGGCCCAUGCGUUGUGCGACAGUCUGUUCAUGCUCAGAUAUAAUUUUGAGGAAGUCCUGUGAUGUCAGCUGUGUGAAGCGCCAGUGUGAAUGUCAGCGAUUGUGGACGAUGGGUCACGGACGGUGCUUCAUUAUUAGCACAAGACUUAAGGUGACGUCGGUCAGAUUGCCAGUUCAUACUGUUCAUGGACUGAAUGCAACGGCGAAAAACCAUCGCUACUGCAUGCAGUCACUGGUAACGUUCAAGUCGCGACCCCAACUAGUCCAUGAAGUUAGGACUGCCGUCUGUGCAUCGGGCCUCCUGUCGUUGUUAGUUGCUGUGAUGGUCAAGGAUAACCUUCACUUUCAGUUGGCCGUUGGAAGAGCUUACAGUUUACAUCGAUGAAGAACCGCCUAGCUAUGGUGGAACUUACUAUACAAGUGGAUAUGAAUGUGCAUUUGUCAAAAAAUAGGGCGGGUUCGUGUGAUAGGCCGCCGUUCCUUCCCUCUACUUAUGACAAUUUAUCUUCCUCAUGCACCGUUCGACCUAUUCUAUUCUCCGUUCAUUUGAGUUACCAGUACGAAUCUGUCAUAAAACUAGGCCACCAGCUUUUUGGGGGAAAUGAAGACUCGCGUUGGUUAUGUGGAAGCGCGAUGGUCCGCGUUGAAGUGUUUUUCAAAUCAGGGACCACGGAGACAUAGUCGGCAGGCCAGUUGUUCAAAUUCCUCGCAAGUAAUUCUAGUAAAGUUGACUAAGAAAUUACGCAUUAUGACGACUUCCUCUGUUUUGGAACUCAAUUAUUACUGCCACCUGGCAUAAUUCAUUUUCCCUGUCCUAAGCUUCUUGGGUGCCGAAAAAAUCCGUUUACAAAUAUGACUUGCGUUGCAACAAACUAAUAGAAAAAAUUUGCUUGGUUAAACGCAGUGUUAGCUAACUGGCCCUUUGCCCUCAUCCUCGCCUGCUAUGGUCUCCAAACUUUGGAAUAAUCGUUGCAGUGGCUAAACAGCAUAGUCUCAUAUUAAUGAAGGCGUAGUCUUGAUGAACAAGAAGUUACGUUGGCUACCCUCAGUGUGAGCAUUUAUCAUAACUCUGAAUGGAUUGGCAGCGCGCAUUGACUGGUCCGACUCUCGCCGAAAUGUUAUCCACUUAAACAGUGUUGAGCCCCGUUUAAAACACCUUCGAUUAUUAAAGAAAACUUGACUAAAACACAAAGGCACCGAUAGGGUGUAAGACCCCUAAGUGGAUGACAACUCCAAAAAUGUAUCCAAAAAUUCAUUGUGACUGUAUACCUCACUUAUUAUUCACCGUUCCCAUUGCUUGAAAUUUCCUUCCCUUCCUGACUAAAAUUAAACUUAUCAACGGCGCUUUAUUCAAAUUCCGUUAUUUUUUGAAAAUUGCUUUGUGUUUGAUUUCUUCUUAUGGCGUCCACUGUCUUUGCCAGAUGAGAGCAUAUGAUAAGACUUUCGGUAGAAUUUUAUCUUUCUUCUGUGUCUUCUUGCUCUUUGUCCUUUGUGUUGCCCCACCUUCGAAACGCCCCCCUCCCUGCCGCCAUUCAACGUUGGACACGGUCUACAGGCUGUCCCAAGUUAGUUGGGGAUCCUACAUCCCAUCCUUGCCAACAUAAACAUAAUUCAGGAACCACAUUCCGCGGCUGUUAUUUUGUGAGGUAUACGCUCAGUUUGCGUCUGAUGCACGAGACAAUACCUAAAAUCCAAUCUACGGCCGCCAGUAGUCAACGAUGUCAGAAGACGAACAACAUACGUGCAACCAUGGCGGAACUAGGUAGAUAGAUAGAUAAUUUUUAUUAAAGACCGGUCGGGGUCCCAUCAAAGCAAGGUAAAAUAAAUUUACAAGCGAGAUUUUGACAAGGUAGGCCGAAUCUUUACCAAAUGCAAUUCAUAGUUUCUGAAUUAGUAGUCCAUUGAGAAACAUGAUGAUUAAGGAGUGAAAAAAACUCGUUACAAAAAGUUAAGAAUGAUUGAAUUAAUUUUACAGGAGAAAAAAACCCUCAAUAACAAUAAUGACAGAAAAAAAGCGAGCUGGACUAGCCUUUAGGUGGCGGUAUACAACGGAAUGUUGUCGGUCAUCGUCAGGGUAGCAAUAAAUCUCAGCCUUGAGGGGUACGUAUGCGGGUCAUACAGGGCUGGCUUGCAUGUGGCAUUGUAUACGGGAUUCAAAACUGACAUCGUCUGGGCCGGAUUGAUACGCCGCAUGAGUCUGUUCGCGUCAGAGAGGCCAGACGAGAGGAACCCAGAUGCGAUCGGCCACAGCACGCUUCGAGCUCAGCCGAGCAGUGGGGAAGGGAGGUACAAUCAAACUACUAGUCGACGGCGAAUACUGAGGGUUCCGCCCUGAGCGUCGACAGACCGUAUGAGGUCGGAAUGCGGGAGAUGACAUCAAAAACCGCGAAAAUUGUCGCUAUGGGGGAGGAGGUACAAACAAGUAAUGCUUAAUCAUCCUUCCUGAAAGGCGUUUCAAUCAGCGAAGUCAAUUUGAAAUUCUGAAAGGUAAGGAUACUCGUGCGAUUAUAGUGUAUGUUAGUGAGGAGUGAAUCAGAUAGAAUUAUACAUUAAAACCUUAUCAAAUUAUGCGUCUUCGAAUGUUAGAAUAAAGGUCUAUCUUUCCGAGAACUUUAGUGCCUAGCUUAUCAGCGUAAAAGUAGACUAUCAGAACCCUGGUAUGACUUUUUCCAACGUAACAUCCUCUUUUGAUGGACAUGAUAGCACAAAAUUAUAGCUCAGAACGGUGUAUCUCGUGGAUAUUAUGAAUAUCCUGAAGAUUUAGACUAAAAACCAGCAAUACGGCUGGCAAGCGUCUGUUGCAAAUGAAGAUGUACCAUAUCCGCGAAAGUUCACAUCCUUCACUACAAUUCUGUAAGUUGUCCUUUCAACUAUUUUGACAAAAGACGUUCGAUAGAGGCAACUAAAUUCAGAACAAGGCAGAAGUCAAUUGGUUGUCGUCAUAACUAAAGCGGCUCACAAGGUAUUGCGUUGACUUUUGACGAUAAGCCUUCCAACUUGGUUUUGGAGCGGUGACCAGAGGGGUGAUCAUAAUUUGUUUCAUCAGCAUUUAAAUGCAUACCCACACAGGAGUGUCUUGUGCAUAUUCUAAUACUGUUGGGCGCAUGCAACCGUAAUGCACCCUUCAACUGAGAAGUCGGUUGGACAGCUCACUCGGUAAAAAGGCCACUGAAACUUCCCAAUCACUGUAGCAGAGACUUUCAGUGGUUGUAGUGACACGAAUUAGCCCAUUCAUACAGAAAUCAUGCCGGGUUAAUUGCCAACCACUAUUCUACCAAGUUUACCGAAAUCCGCCCGAUACUAGAGCUUCCCAGUCUGACUUCGGUGGGCUAAAUUCUACCUCGAUGGAGUACCAGAGACGGCGCGCAGUUAAUUUUCUCCAGUGUCAGUGAUCCUAACACCUAGAUAAAGCUUUUGCUGUUGGAUUAGUGGUAAAUGCGCAUUUGAAAUUUUUUUAUGUAGACUGAAACACAUAAUUUAACCUAUGCUGUCCGUCUGAGGGCCAUCGAUAUUCUGGUAGAAAGACAGGUCCAACUCCGAAAAAUCUAACUGAUUUGCGGAGUUUGUCAUCCAUUACAGAAGUGGCAUAUCCAAUACUGGUGACUACCGAUAAGGGCAAUACUGUGCUGCACCAUCUCAUCAAAGUGAUUAUACCUACCGGAUUUAAUCCAUUCUUUUCACAACCAAUCAUCUUUUUAUCCGCAAAUGCUGUGGAAAGUGCAAAGAAGUACAGGUAGGCGGCAAAGCUGCAAUUACUCAGCCAAUCAGUUGCAGAGAAACCGGACCACCUACAUUACAGCCCCGGAUCCAAUGGGCUCCGGCGACCUUGUAACACACCCUGCUUACGGAUGUAGCGACAGUCUGGGAAUUGAACCGCUGCAUUUUUCUAACCCUCAAACCCAUCAUGUCAGUCUAACAGGCUUAUGUUGCAUAUAAAAUGCAGUACCGGAGACACGGAAGCAACACAUCAACCCCAAUACUUUCCUGUCAGCACAUAUGCUGUCAUUCUUGCCUCUUCAUCUGCAUUUUACACCGCGGACCAAGUUAUAGGUGGAACAGUAAAGGUAAUUAUUUAUAUUAAGUUAACAUCACUUUAUAAAUAUCGGGGUUGGUAACAAAGGAUCCAUGUAUGCGUACCGACACGACAGGCAAUCUGCCACGUCUGACGACUGUCAAGAACUAAACUUUACAACCAAGUUGCAAUAAACCUUAAACUCCAUUUCCCCCAGAUGGCAGGAAAAUACACAUUCUGUAUAAGUGAGUGCGGGUCUGGACUAUCAGGCAAACAAAACAUCCAUCUCAUUACGAGCACUUUUGACGAAAGCGAAACGAGGUAUGGUGGGCUAUCCGCAGGUAGCGGAAGGAGUAUGAAAUGCUACUUAUGGAACGGGCCGUCGAUAAGCCAAAAGUGCUCUUCAGUUACAUCAACAGUAGGUUAAAGAACAAGGAUGCAGUCUAAGUGUUGAAAGGAGAAAACAGUGAGGAUAUCAUCGAAAAUGAAACAGAUAAGAUAUCCGGCGGAGUGUUCGUGGCCGACUGCAAAUCCCAGAAAGUGGAUUCCGGUCAUAACAGAUGCCUUUGCUCUGUGCCUAAAUUCAAACUAAACAUCGAAACGGAGGUACAACCUUAGAACACUCCAAUGAAUGAAGGUAAAAUCCCAUGUUCAAUGUUUGUUAACGGCUUGGGUGGCUGCAGAUGGAAAUAAAAUAUAAGGUAAUAAUUGAGACUGGAAAAAGCCGGUGACUGGUUUGUGACUUGAUAUUAUUAGCGCCGAAGUAAAUGUCAACUGCGCUAUUAUUGUAAGGCGUCGUAUAUUCUGGCUUAGACAAACGACGUCUCAGAUGCAAACACUUGCCAUCUCACCCGACGAGGCCGCAAUUUGUGCAACUGUACAUACCCCAGCGCCUAUUCCCCCACACAAAUUCGGAUAUACACGCACACAACGCGUAGACACGUCUUAACUCAGAUGUCUUACAAUAUUUCGCAGAUAUUUUUGACAAGAAUGACUAUUUUUUAGCACCAUCCCGGUUUUAAGUAAUUAAUAAUUAGCAUUUCUCAGGAAGCAGCAUCCCCGCACGCAGAAUGUCUUGUGGUGAGGGGUCAAAAUAAUUUACCUUUGACAAUAUAGUCCUGAUUUUUUCGCCCGUAUGGCUUGUUUGAAUGUGACGAAGAACAACACACCUGUACAACCCGCCUUGCUAGCGUGCUCCGCUGUCGUGAUCUGUUGUCAGGCUACUUAACAUUCAAAAUCUCUAUAUUAUUCAUUGCUCAGUUUUUACUUGCUGCCCUUUAAAGCUAAGGGCUCGUGAGAUAUAAGUCGUUAGUUCGUGAGAACUUUACCUUCCUCGUCAUUGGUGACUCACGACCUUAACGCAGACUUUAUAUUUUUCUGUCAUACUGAAUAGCAUAAGACGAACUACUUUUUUGUAAAUUUCUAUUCCAUUUACGUCUACUUUUCUCACGAAUUCUGAUAUUUUACCAUCUCUGUCUUAAUUAUUAUGUCUCACUCCAAUCAACAACUUGAUUCCCCCGCUCAGUCCCUUCAUGUCAUUAAUUUUACCUUGCCCGAUUUCUGUCAACACGCUGCAGAACUUUACUUCAUCCGCAUAGAAUCAGCCUUUUAUUCUGCUAACGUUACCAAGGAGUUGGCGAAAUACCACAAACUUGUGGAUGUCCUCCCCACUAGUGUCAUCUCUCAAGUUCAAUCCUUGCUAUCAAAUCCUCCUGCAGAUGCUUCCUACUCCACGUUAAAGGCAGAAAUUUUUUGACUUAAUUCUGUAUCCGACCGACAGCGGUAUCACCAGUUACUUAAGGAGGAGUCACUGGGUGACCGGAAGCCCUCAGAACUUCUACGUUGAAUGCGUUCUCUCCUUGGCGACAUGCAGGUUGACGAUAAAUUCGUCUAGGAGAUGUUUCUAGAGCGUCUGCCUACAGAUGUUAAAACCAUCCUGCCGUCUGUUUUUCAAGAUUCACGGUCUCACAACUGGCUGGAAUGGCGGAUCGAAUGAUAGAGGUGCAGCGGUUCCAGUCACCUUCCGUCGCCCAGAUCUUCUUAUCCUCACCGUCUGUUAGUGAACAUGUAAAGAAACAGGUGUCGGCUAUGGCGGAUGAGAUGGCCUCUCUUAAAGUACAGCUCGCUCGCCUAACUCCCAGUCGCCUAUGUCGUCGUCGUCGUUCUCGUUCGCGACCUCGGUGUGCGGAUACUUGUUGGUAGCACACUAAUUUUGGCGUAGAGAUCCGUCGCUGUUCCUCACACUACUCUUUUAAGCCGAAGCGGGGAGACUAAUCAGCCAGAGAAUAUAUGCGACCGUUUUAUCUGGCGCUUCCGUGUCUGGUCGCUCCUUCUAGGUUUGCGACACUGCGACUCGCAGACGUUUUCUGGUGGACACUGGAGCCCAAAUCAGCGUUGUUCCCCCAACUGCAGCUGAUCGUCGCUUCCCUAGCCCUGGUUAUCACCUUCAAGUUGCCAACUGUUCCCCCAUCCCCGCUUUUGGCAGUCUGUUCCUCACCCUAAACAUGGGCCUUCGUCGGUCAAUUACCUGUAUCUUUGUGAUUGCUGAUGUCCAUCAUGCAAUCCUCGGUUCGGAUUUUCUUGCCGAGUUCGAUCUCCUUAUUGACUGCCGACGUGCCCGUCUCCUCGACCGCACAACCGGUCUGUUUGGUCGUGGGCUAUUUCCCCUUACUGCCCCACCAACUUAUCUAUCUUGGAUACGGAUAUUGGUAGCCCCUUUUGGGAACUGCUUCUUAGUCACCCCAACAAAAUCAACCCCCAGUUUCACAUUGGUGAGGUCCAACAUGAUGUUGUGCACUAUAUCCUCACCUCAGGUCCUCCCGUGACUGUUCGGCCGAGACGACUAUCACCGGAGCGUUUUCAGGCUGCGAAGACUAAGUUUGAACACAUGCUGCAACUGGGAAUAAUUCGAUCGUCCGCGAGCCCUUGGGCAUCCCCACUGCACAUGGUGCCCAAGGCGACAUCAGGCGACUGGCGACCCAAUAGCGACUGUGGAGCCCUCAACGGCUAUACCAUUCCUGAUCGAUACCCUGUGCCUCAUGUUCAGGACUUUGCUGGAGCUCUUUUCGGCAAAGCGAUUUUUUCGAACAUUGAUCUGGUGCGUGCUUUUCAUUAG